CUUCGAAGUUUGACAUUCGACGUGUUUACGAGACGUAUAGCAAUUGACACAGGUGUGUCUGUUUUUGGAGCGAUCUGUUUCUGGAACAGCUUAAAUUUUCGACAAAUUGUUGACCGCGCAUCACGACGACUGUUGUCGCGACGAGAAGAGUUAUACUGGAUAUCAACAAUGGGUUCGUCGCCGGAGCCUUUGCAAUUUUCGGAAGAAACGGUUCGAGGAGACGCGGACAUGGCAACAGCGGCGGAUUCGGAAGAGAGCGUUCGAGGAGAAGUGGCUGAUCGAGACAGCGGCGGACUUAGGAAGAAAAGCGCCGGUACUUGGCGAUAG